GCCUUCUUCCUUCUCCAACACGUUAAUGGCCGCCUUCCAUUGCACCACCGUUGUUUCUGGCUUCAGCUUCGCUCACGACAGCAUCUUCCCCUCCAAACCAAACAGCUACUUGUGUCGUUUUUCAAAGCGAACUGGUGGGUCAGCUCGUGGAGUUAUCACUUGCCGUCAGGACAAGACCCCAGAAGCUGUGAUGUCAGAGGCAGAGAAGUGUGAUGGCAAUAGAGUCGUCAGUUUCAUGAAGGGGAAGAACUAUUUCAUCACCGGAGCAACAGGGUUUCUUGCCAAAGUUUUCAUCGAGAAAUUGUUGAGAGCAACUCCAGAGACCGGGAAGAUCUUCCUUCUGGUGAAGGCUGAUGAUCAAGAAGCUGCCCGCAAGAGGCUCCACGACGAGAUCAUAAACUCUGACCUGUUUGAGCUUCUGAAACGAACACAUGGGAACUCAUACGAAGCUUUUAUGACGAGCAAGUUGAUUCCGAUAGUGGGAGACAUUUCACAAAACAACCUCGGGAUGGACCCUGAAACAGCCGACAGUAUCUCCAAGGAGAUCGAUGUCAUCAUCAGCUCUGCCGCCAGGACAACCUUCGACGACCGGUACGAUUUGGCUCUGAGCACCAAUACAAUGGGACCCCACCAGUUCAUGAGAUUUUCCAAGAAAUGCGAGAGAUUGACUCUUGUUCUUCACUUCUCAACCGCUUAUGUGAAUGGAACGAGACAAGGGAUCGUACCAGAGACUCCUCUUCCAAGAUUGGAAAUUGAAUCCGAGCUGAAACUAGCUUCAGAAGCUGCAAGAACUUUCCAUCACCGAGAAAUGGCCCAGAAAAUGAAGGAACUUGGUCGUGAACGAGCCAUCAUCCACGGGUUUCAAGACACAUACACUUUGGCCAAAGCAAUGGGGGAGAUGGUGAUAGAUAGCUCCCGAGGCAAUCUUCCCAUUGUGAUCAUACGACCAGGUGCCAUUGAAAGCUCCUACACAGAGCCUUUCCCCGGCUGGAUACAAGGAAACCGAAUGGCGGAUCCAUUGAUCUUGGCUUAUGGCAAAGGGCAGCUCCCGUGCUUGUUCGGCGACCCUCAAACCGUGGUUGAUGUAGUACCAGUGGAUAUGGUUGUGAAUUUUGCAAUGGCAGCCAUGGCAAAACAUGGCAUAGAUCCGAAGCCCGGGCUGAGCGUGUACCAUCCAACCUCGUCUGUUGCGAAUCCGCUGCCGCUUCACGAGCUCUUUGACCUUGUUCAUCGACAUUUCUGUCACUCUCCAUUGAGGGAUUCCAAAGGAGAGGACAUAGUGACAGAGCCGAUGAAAUUCCACAGUUCCCUGGAAGAUUUCUGCUCGUACAUCAGAACCAAAUCAAAAACGAAAAGCCAGAGAAAAAUAAAGUAUUUCGAGGGCAUAGCCAAAGCGUAUGAGCCAGUAACGUUCACAAAAGCACGGUUUGACAACACCAAUGCCCGGAGAUUGGUGGAGGAGAUGGCAAUGGAAGAGAGAAGCAUGUUUGGGUUCAACACAGAGAGCAUAGAUUGGCCGCAUUACAUCAUGAACGUUCAUAUUCCGGGUCUGAAGAAGCAUGUCCUGCGGGGAAGACAGACUUGAAAAGAGUUCAAGAUUAUAUACACAGAAAGAGAUUCAUCUUCCAUUACGUUUUAGAGAUUGAAACUACGGAUUAAUGUCUGAUUAUUGGUAAUGACAACAACAAGAUCCUACAA